AAUGAGACUGCAAAGGAAUCACUAAGGAGCCUUACAAUUAUUAAAGACAAAAAUAGAAUCUUAUGAGCAUCGUUAGAAAUAACAAAUUCUGUGUUAAUUGUUUCCAGACACACCUAUGUGAUUAAUAUUUGACUAAUUUAAUAGAAAAUGGAUAAAACUCCACUUAGAUAAAGUAAUUUUCACAUCUUAUCAUUUGAAUUAAAUGUUAUUUAGUUAGAAUCAGAAACCUACUCAUGUAUAUUAUAUAAUUGAAGGAGAGGUAAGAUUGGAAGAAACAUAAAUUGAAAGAAGGAAAACUGAAAAUGCAAUGUUUGCUUCUACAUGUAUGGCAAAAAGUAGAACUCUGUUAAUAAUGUCAACUGGAUCUUUAGUUGGAGUAUAUUUAUGAUAAAAUUUUAGGAAAUUGAAGCAUUACUAGAAAGACCAUAUUAAACAACAGCUAAAAGUAAUGUUCAUUAUAGUAAAAUACUUUUAAUACCUGAAGCAAUAUAUAUAGAUUUAAAAAAACAAGAUUACUUACAUUAGAGUGUUGAAACGCAGCAUUUAAAAGAUUAAUUAAUAUUGAAGAAGAUAAGUUAAUUAAAGAGAAGAAGAUUAGAAUUAUAGGAAGUUUCUCCAGAGAGAGAAUUAUCUCCCUAAACGAAAAUAAGUAGAGAAGACUUUAUUGUUUAAUAAAACAAGAGAAUAUAAAAGAAACAAAAUUUUGAAUUCAUUAAUUUGACACCAGAAGCUCCAUUAUUUUCAGUUAAAAAAAUGAAGCGUAUUGCUGCACCGGAUGAAAAGUUAGAAAAUAGAACAAGAUCCAUAUCUGCACCUACAAAAGCUAAAAUGUUAUCUACUAUAAAAAGUAUAAAUAGUACUGAAAAAAUAUCAAAACCAGAAGAGAUUACUAGAUCUCGUGCUAAUACUAUAAAUCUUGGAGAUAAGUGUAGACCUGCUUCUCGAAUCCUUUGGUAAUAAAUAUUUCAGAAACUUUGA